CUCCCUUGACAGAUGUGAGAUGACUGUCAUUAGAAUUAGAUGAGCAUGAAAAUUAAAAUUCCUAUUCAUAUAUUUGACUAAAGAAUUUCACUCGAAAUAAUUAAAAUUUUCUUUUUUAAAAUUUAGUACAGCUUGAUCGAAUUACGGUUCACUAUUUUUUAUUUGCUAAUACUGGCACGACGCACGCGCAGUAGAUACUUCGCUUAAAAUCUCCCAGCGCCAUAUUGAGAGAGGCGGACGUUGUGUGACUUGAGUGAAUAAAAUUGUGGUUAGUGCAAUAAUUUGAAGUGAAAGAUUUGAUCGUGCCCUAUGGAUAUAUACUCGGGAGUGGUGUGCCUCGGUUGAUAGGCCUGCCGAAAGGAUAGGGAUCCGCGCGCGAGGACUACUGCGGCCCUCCGCCCUGAAGAAACAUGGAGUGCUGCAUGUCAGAAGAAGCGAAAGAACAAAAAAGAAUCAAUCAAGAAAUAGAGCGGCAACUCCGAAAGGAUAAACGCGAUGCCAGGAGAGAACUUAAAUUGCUCUUGCUUGGCACUGGCGAGUCAGGCAAAUCAACAUUCAUCAAGCAGAUGAGAAUCAUUCACGGGUCGGGCUACAGUGACGACGACAAACGCGGCUUCAUCAAGCUCGUAUACCAAAACAUCUUCAUGGCUAUGCAAAGUAUGAUACGAGCUAUGGAUCUACUCAAAAUACAAUACGGGAAUCCGUCCAAUGCGGAAAAGGCAGAAUUGAUAUCAUCAAUCGACUAUGAGAGUGUUACAACGUUCGAAAGUCCGUACGUAGAAGCUAUAAAGGGCCUCUGGGCAGACGCGGGUAUACAAGAGUGCUACGACCGCAGGCGGGAGUAUCAGCUAACUGAUUCAGCCAAAUACUAUUUGCAGGAGAUAGACCGCGUCGCGGCACCAAAUUACUUACCAACUGAACAAGAUAUUCUACGCGUGAGAGUGCCCACAACGGGUAUCAUUGAGUACCCAUUUGACUUGGAAGAGAUAAGAUUUAGUUAUUUAAGUGAUUUGGCGAGAAUCGAAAGUCCCGACUAUCUGCCGACGGAACAAGAUAUCCUAAGAGCUCGACAGCCUACUACCGGCAUCCUCGAAUAUCCUUUCGAUCUCGAUGGAAUCAUAUUUAGAAUGGUGGACGUCGGGGGCCAAAGAUCAGAAAGAAGGAAGUGGAUUCAUUGUUUCGAAAAUGUCACGUCUAUCAUAUUCUUAGUAGCUCUUAGUGAAUAUGAUCAAAUUUUAUUCGAAUCGGAAAACGAGAAUCGAAUGGAAGAAUCAAAGGCGUUGUUCAAAACGAUUAUCACCUACCCGUGGUUCCAACACUCGUCGGUCAUUCUGUUUCUGAACAAAAAAGAUUUGCUCGAAGAGAAGAUCAUGUAUUCGCAUCUUGUAGAUUACUUUCCGGAGUACGACGGUCCGCAACGCGAUGCGAGUACCGCCCGCGAGUUCAUCUUGCGAAUGUUCGUCGACCUCAACCCGGACGCGGAGAAAAUUAUCUACUCGCACUUCACUUGCGCGACUGACACUGAAAAUAUCAAAUUAGUGUUUUGUGCCGUUAAAGAUACUAUAAUGCAGACCGCUUUAAAGGAAUUUAAUUUAGCGUAACUUUAUUGUAGUUGUUUAUAUGCAAUAAAUAUUUUAAUUUUUA